UGCCAUCGCAACCACUGCCACACAGCAACCCACUGCAUCACAACGUGCACACACCUCAUCCCAAUCCGCCUCCGCCUCUCUUUCCUCUGGCCUACCUGUGCGUAUGACUGCGUCGUACCGCUCCAAGUCACUGGAGCAGGCGCCAGUGGAAGCAGCGGCGGUGGGGGUGCUGUAUCAGAAGAGCCACUCGCUUGACCUGGACCUCUCAAGGGCAGUAGAGGCCACAGGGUCAGGUGUGCUUAGAGAGGAGGAGGGCGAGAUGGUUGGGGAUGUGCCAAGUGUGAUGAAAUCCGAUGGGGAGGGUGGGGUAGAGGAAGGGGAAGGUGCAGGGCGAAGGGAUGUGGAGAGGUCAGAUUACAGGGCUGGUGGCGACGAGGAGGAGGAGGAGGAGGAGGAGGAGGAGGAGGAGGAGGAGGAGGAGGAGGAGGAGGAGGAGGAGGAGGAGGAGGAGGAGGAGGAGGAGGAGGAGGAGGAGGAGGAGGAGGAGGAGGAGGAGGAGGAGGAGGAGGAGGAGGAGGAGGAGGAGGAGGAGGAGGAGGAGGAGGAGGAGGAGGAGGAGGAGGAGGAGGAGGAGGAGGAGGAGGAGGAGGAGGAGGAGGAGGAGGAGGAGGAGGAGGAGGAGGAGGAGGAGGAGGAGGAGGAGGAGGAGGAGGAGGAGGAGGAGGAGGGGCAAGUGGGGAGUGGAAGGGGCGAGGAGGGCGAGGAGAGCAGCAGGGUGAGUGCGGAGCAGGCCUCUGCUGCUGGUCACGGCAACGUCACGUUUGACGGGCCACUCGUGGGCGGGCUGGAGGAGCCCCUGCACCUGCCCAGCUUCACGAGCGGCGCCCUGCCCUGGCAGCGCAAGAAGAGCCCGCCUCCCUUUGCUGCCGGCGCACGCGCGCUAGAGGCGCUGCGGCGAGCACAGGGUGCUGCUGCUGCCCAUGCUGCUGCUGGGGCUGGCGGGUCUGAGGCUGCUGGGACUGCUGGGGCGGGUGGUGAGAGCAUGGUGGGUGAGGGUGUUGAUGAGGAUGGGGUCCUUUUGCCCUCGUCUGCUCUGCCCUGGGGUGAUUCUGCAGCAGCUGCUGCAGGAGGAGGAGGUGGGGUGGGUGGGUGGGCGGUGGAGCGAUUGGUGGUGGAGAGGGAAGAGGAGGGGGAGAUGGAGCAUGCAAGCAGAGAUGUGGAGAGCAGCAAGGAGGGGCAAGUGAACGCUGUGGACUCCAACCCUGGGUUGAUCCAGGGUAAUGCUGUUGCUGGUAGGCGCGAUGAUGGUGGUGGAGGGAGGGAGGGCAAUGCCAGGGAUAAUGGCACUACUGCUGCACCGGCAGGCAGUGCUCUGGAUGGCUCGUUUGACUCUCUUUUUGGUGCCUCUGCAGGGGUUCUCCUGCCACCUGUGCCUGUGCUGCCGCCACUCACACCCGAUGCUGCAUCUGUCCUCUCCUCCCACACACCUGCCACAUCUGCUACCGCUGCAGCUGUCCCAGCAGACCCAUUAGCAGCAGCAGCAGCAGCAGCAGCAGCAGCAGCAGCAGCAGCAGCAGCAGCAGCAGCAGCAGCAGCAGCAGCGGGGGCAAGAGACAAAACACACCAAGCCUCACCCAGCAGCACCCGCCCCACUCCACACCGCGCCCUCCCCAUCCCCCUCCUCCCUCACCCCCUCCCCCCUCGCCUCGUCGCCGCUCAUCACCCCAUCGCCCACCAGCGGCCCCCACAGGGCCUUCCCGCGCUCAGCCACGUGCUCCUCCCUGCCUGUGCGCUCGCCCCUCUCCUCCUCCCCCGUCGCCUCUCCCGGGUCUCUAGAGGCGCUCUUCCAGUCGUCCAAGCACCACGGCGGGCAGUAUCAGCCCGGGCAGCAUCACUAGCAGCAGCAACAGCAGCCACAUCAUCCCCCGUUCCAUCGCUCUCCCCGCUCCUCCUCGCUGGCUCCACUGCUUCUCCCUCCACUGCCCCCGCGCUGCUAUCCCGCCCCGCACUCGCACGCUACCACACCAUGCCAGCAGCCCAGAUGGCCCACCUCCCCAUGCCCGCCCUUGCCCCCAUGCACUCCUUCCUCGACUCGUCUGGUAACCCUGUAACCCUGGAGGAGCUGUUUCAGCAAACCCGGCUGUCAGGGGUUGUGCCUGUGGUAUCGCCCCUGCCGUCCCCACUCGUCUCCCCAGCACUCAGCUCGCCUGCCUCUGCUGCCGCAUCCCCUAUAGCCGCUUCCCCCGCUUCUGCUGCUGCUGCCGCUGCUGGUGUCAGCACCUCUGGAUUUAUCUCCCCGGUGCUGUUCUCGCCCAUGCUGCUAUCCCCAGCCAUGUCCCCCGGUGUGGCACCACCAGUGCCUCCUCCCACACCUGCCAAGCCCUCUGUCACGCUGCUUGGCCUUGUUCCUUCCUCCUCUUCCACCUCCUCCCCGUCUUUCUCCAAGCAUCAGCCUUCCCCUCCUCCAUCCGCUUCCUUGCCGUCCCUAUUCUCCUCCUCCUCCUCCUCCUCCUCCUCCUCCUCCUCCUCCUCCUCCUCCUCCUCCUCCUCCUCCUCCUCCUCCUCCUCCUCCUCCUCCUCCUCCUCCUCCUCCUCCUCCUCCUCCUCCUCUUCCUCCUCCCCCUCUCCUCCCACCACCACCGCACCCCUUCCCACAAACCCCUCACUCUCACCAACCCCACCAUUCCACCACCUAAUCCCAACCCCGCCUCCUCCCCGUUCCCCUUCCGCGCACGACCCGCGCUCCCCACGCCACAGCAUGAUACACAGCAACCCACAUUCACCCAGGCACGGCUGGCGCUCACCCAUCUCCUCAACCUCAACCAUCCCCACCCACGACCCGUUCUCUCUCCACCACGCGCCCUCCAGCAACACCGGCGGCCCCAUAUACUCUGUGCAGAGCCCCUCGCGCCCGCGCUCCCCCGUGCCGCUCUCUCCCCGUGUGCUGCGCCAAGUGGCUGCUUCCAACAGUUUCAACAGCAGCAGCCCCCGUGCUGCCUCUGCUGCUGCGGCUGCUGCUGCUGCGGCGGCGGCGGCUGUGGCGACUGCUGCUGCUGCUACAGAGGCUACUGCUGCUGCAUCAGGUGGGUUUUCAGGUGGUGGAGGGUUGGAAGAGGCGGCUCCUCUCUCGCAGCUCGACGUGCUCGUGGCUCUCUCUGCCGGCGCUCUCCCUGUCAUGCCCACGCACACCUCUCCCACCGCUUCCAUUUCUCCCGCCACCACUCCCGACCGCUUCUCACCCACAUGGCCCGCAACAGCAGCACACAGCCCCUCCACUCCUGCCGUCGCUGCAGCAGCAAUCAACCACACCGAGUCACCAGGGGCAGGACCUCGCACCCCCGUGAGUGUAUUCAGCACAGCAGCAGGACCAGGAGCAGCGAGGGGCAGCACAGGCAGUCCCAGGCACGGUCGCCCCAUGCGCACGCUGCUAGGCCUGGUGGAGGUGCGGGAGGAGGAGCCCCCCAAGUCCCCCCGCAGCGCCAACCCCUCCCCUCGCAGCCGCCACAUGCGGCGCCACAGCAUGCCCAGUGCCAAGAGCAACCUCGGUGCUGCUGGUAGCUAUGGUGCGGAUGGGGCAGGGGGAGCGGGUGCGGGAGGGGGGACGGGUUCAGUGCCUGCUGCUGCUCCUGAGGCGUCUCCCCAGGGUGAUGCUGUUGGUGCUGCGGCCAGUGCUGGUCAAGGUGCUGCUGAUGCUGCUGCUGCUGCUCCUGCUCCUGCUGCUGCCCCUAGUGCUGUUUCCUCACUCGUCGUACCAGUAGAUCGACAGCAGCAGCAGCAGCAGGCGCUGCAGCAGAGGCAGCGGCAGCAGCAGCAGGACCAAGGGUACUCUGCAGUGGGGCUGACCCAUCUGGGUCCGUUGCAGGGGGGCGGGGAGGAGGAGCAACAGUUCCAUCUGCAGCUUCCCAACUUCAAGAUUGCUCGCCCUCCCUUCCUACGCGACUCCGCCUCUCCUGCUGCUGCUCACAGCCCUGCCUCUCCUGCUGCUGCUCAGAAUGAGCACGUGUUGCUGCCAGUAGGGCUCGGGGCAGAGAGGGAAGGCGGGGGGAGUGCUGGCGGGGAUAUGGGGAGACGGGGAGUGGGGGAUACAGGUGGGGGAGAUGGGCAGAAGGGAGUGAUGCAGCCAGUAGAAGCAGGAGAUGCAGUGGCUGUAGCAGCUGCUGACGCUGUGCCUACAGGUGCAGUUGCCGACAGUGGGAAAGCUGCUGCUGCUGCUGCUGCUGCUGCUGCGGCUGCUGCUGCUGUCGCGUCUGCUGCAGUGACACCUGUGGUUUCAGGUGGAGAACAAGAAACAGCCGGAGCAGCAUCAGCAGCAGCAGGAGCGGAGGCCAGAGCAACAGCAGGAGGAGCAACAGGUGCUUUGAGCAGUGCGCACGUUUCACAGGAGAGCGGAAAUGGAGCAGGUGCGGCCGGGUCAACAGGGCUGCCAGGGUCGGCAGGGGUGUCAGGGUCGGUGGAGGCACGGAGGAUACUGGCUUUGCUGCAGCGACUGCGAGAGCCGCUGGUGGCAGCACGGGGCAAGCUGCAGGCGGGCAGUGCGGAGGCUGUUGCUGUGGAGGAGGCUGCUCGCACUGUUGAGGGGGACCUGCUCCUCCUGCUGGGUGAAGCGGGGCAGGCGGAGGGGCGAGAAGGGGACGGGGGAGUGGGGGAGGAGAGGGAUGGGGACGCGGGAGGGCAGGGGAGCGCGGAGCAGGGCAGAGGGGAGCAGGGGAGGGGGGAUUUGAGGGUGCGUGGUGGGGAUGAGGAGGGGGUUGUGGUGGAGGGAGAAAGGGAGGAGGUUGGGAUGAGAGUGGAUGGAUUGGGGGAUGGAAGGAGGGAUGAGGGGAAGGUGGAUGGAGGGGAGGGGAGGGCAGGAGAGGGGGUUGCAGCAGGGGAGGUUUGUGAAGAGGAUAUAGCCCCAAGAGCCUCUUCGAAUGAUGGUGCUGCGGAUGCUGCUGCGUCUGCUCGCGUGCCACCGUCAGCAAUGUCAUCAGCAGCAGCAGAAGCAGCAGCAGAAGCAGCAGCAGAAGCAGCAGCAGAAGCAGCAGCAGAAGCAGAGAGGCAGGUGUUGGGAAAGACUGACAGUGGCGAGGUGGAUGAGGCGUUGGAGGGAGCAAUGAAAGACAGCGGGGCACAGGAGCGGGUGACUGCAGAGAGGGGAAGAGAGCAAGGGGUGGGGAAGGAGGGUGUGCGGUUUGGCUUGGCGGGAGAGGAAGAGGAGGAAGGCCGCGGGAGUGGUGAGGCGGGGAGUGGUGAGAAGGAACGUGAGGGGCAGCGGCCGUGGGAUGGAGGGGAGAGAGCAGCGGGGAGUGGGGAAGGUGUUGGUGGGGCGGUGGGAGUAGGGUCAGAAGCAGGGCGGAGAGAGCAUCAUUCAGCAUCAGCUGUAAAGUUGCCAUGGCCUGCUGCAGUGGAGGCGGUAGGGCCUCAUGCUGUGUUGGCAGGAGGUGAUGCGAGGGAGGUGGAGCUGUCAUUCAAGGAGAGCUUGAGCCGGGAAGAUAAAGGGAUGCAUGCUCGUGGUGGCGAGGAGGGGCAGGGUCGCUAUGAUGACAGGAGCAACUACCGCCGCUCCCAUCACCAGCGUCAGCUGCAGGAAAAGCAGCAGCAGCAGGAGCAGGAGCAGCAGCAGCAGAAGGAGCAGCAGCAGCAGCAGCGGCGGGAGAAGGCACACAAGCAGCCGUCAAUGGAGGGCGUUUCUGCGCUGGAGCUUCAAGCAGCGCUGCAGCAGGUGGUGAACCUGGGCGCAGCCAUGGACAGCACAACACGUGGGGGAGGAGAACGAGGAGAAAGAGGAGGAGGAGGAGCGAAAGGCAAGGAGGAGAGCACUGGGAGGAGGGGCAGGGAUGGGGAGGACGGGAAAGGGACCGGCACUAUCAAGUUGGAGCAUAUGGAUGGGUACGAGCAUGCAUCAGACAGCGCUAGCAGCAGCUGCUGCACCCACCGGGGUACACAACCCAGAGGUGGUGCAUCUGGCGAUGCUCCUGCUGGUUCUGGCGCUGCUCCUGCUGGUUCUGGCGCUGCCUUUGCUGCUGCGGGUAAAAUCGAUGCUGGAUUGGCUGGUGCUGGCGGCAGCAGUACCCAAGGAAGCUUGCGUGGUGACUUGUGGCCUCUGUCCCACGCCAAGCCGACUCGCUUCAAGGAAGGCAGUGUGGACAGCAGUGGGGUGGGCAGCCGAGCAGUCAGUGCCAUGGGCAGUGCGGUAGGAAGUGGGGCAGGCAGUGCGGCAGGCAGUGGCAUGGGGAGUGCAGCAGACUCUGGGGCUGACUCUGGUGUAGACGCAAGGCAGCAGCACAGGCUGAGGCUGCAGAGGAGGGAGAAGGAGCGUGCGGUUACCAUUGCGGGCGGCAGCAGCAGCAGCAGCGCUGUUGGCGGAGCGGUGGCGAGGGGUGGAGUGGUGUCGAUGACGGUGGAGGGCGGUAAGGUGGUGGUGUCUGGCACUCUCAAGUACACACGAGAGGUGCGCUUCUCAGGGAUAUGGUCCCAGGAUGGCCUUGACAUUACCUCUGCUGCUGCUCUUGCUCAUCCUGAUCAUACUCAUACUCUUGCUGCUGCUGCUGCUGCUGUUAAUGCUGAUCAUGGUGAUGACCAUGGUGCUAUAGUGGUGCAUCACAAGGGCACUGCUGCUGCUGCCACUACUGCUGCUGCUGCUGCUGCUGCCUCUCAUGCUUCCGGUAAGGGACCGCAGGUGCGACGACCCAGGAGUGGCGGCAGGGCGGAGAAGAGCAGAGGCAGAAAGUACCGUCUGUCACGGCUGGGGAAUGUGGUGGAAAAUGGCGGUGGGAGUGAGGAGACGAGUGGGGUGAAUAGUGGAAUGGGGAGUGAGGGCGUGAGUGAGGUUGGGUGCGAGGGAGUGAGUGAGGGGGGGAGUGAGGUGGUUAUGAUGCAGAGAGGGAGGCGGGGGAAGAGCCGGAGCAGGAGCAGGGAGAGUGGAGGCGCUGGUGGGUCAUUAGGUGGCAGUGGGAAUGUGAGUGGGAGUGGGAGUGCGAGUGGCAGUGGGUGGAGCAGCAGAGGAGUGGAGGCAGGGGCGAGGAGAAGGAAGGGAAAGAGCAGGAUGGGGUUAGCGGCAGAGAGCGGUUCAGUGGGUUCAGCAGGGAGUGCAGUAGGAGGGGUUGAAGCAGAUGGAGCAACUCGGGAAGGGAGUGGGAGAGGAAGGGGAAGAGGGAGGGCGAGAGGGAAGGGGAGAGGAAGCGGUGUAGAGGCAUUAGGUGCAGCUGCAGCAGCAGCAGCAGCAGUAGUAGAAGCAGCAGAAGCAGAAGCUAAGGCAGUGGGAGGGGCAGGCAGGGUGGCUAUUGGGCAGCCGGGUAUUGGGGCAGUGCAGCAGGCACAGAGGAGUGAAGAGGGCGCGCGGAGCGAGGGCAAAGGAGAGACGGAUGGGGAGGAGAGGCAGGAUGAGGAGAUGCAUGGGGAUGGUGGCGUUGCUUGCGGUGAUGUCUGCAGCAGCAGCAGCAGUGAGGAUGUGUUCUACGAGGCGAGGGAGAUGGUGAGCUCACCAGGGUCGGCGGCAGGUUCGGUGGCAGGUUCGGCGUCGGUGUCAGCAUCGGAUGAUGAGGGCAUGUGGAGUUGCAACUCCUCUUCCCGCAUGCUCAACGCCCGCACUACUCUACCUUCCCCUGCCUACGCUGCUGCUGCCACUUGUCCUGCACCUGAUGCCAGCGCUGCUAGUGCUGCCACUGGCAGUGCCACUGCCGUGGGCACUCUCAGUGCACAGCUCCUCACCCCCAGCAGCAAGGACGACGCAGCACGUCCACUGGAAUCCGUUGCUCCUGCUGCCAGCAUUGCCAGCAAGGAAGACACAGCUGCCAGCAUUGCCGCUGCUGCUCCCGCCAUCGCUGCAGCUUCUGCUGCUCUGGCUGUUGUUGCUGCUUCUGCUUCCGCCCCUUCCACAUCACCUCCAUCUGCUGCCAUAUCCCCCCCUGCUACCUCUGCUUCGGUUCCUGCUCCUGCUGUGCCUUCACCUGUCUCUGCCUCCUCUGCUGCCUCAACCGCCCCUGCUGCUGCCACUACUACCGACACAUCUUCCGUUGCUACCACAAAAUCUUCCACCGCUACUGCCCCAGCCACCGCUGCUGUCACUUCUCCUCCCACCACAACCCCAACCCCAUCACCCCCCCCUCCAGAAACACUCUACACCCGCUCCCCGUCCCCUCCCCUCCCCUCCUCCAACCCCUUCUCCUUAUCCCCCUCCAACCGACCUCCCUCCUCCUCCUCGCCCUUCACGCACCCGCCCUUCCGCCCACUCCCUCCCGAUGCGCAGCUGCUGCUGCAGCGCUCCAUGAUUCCCCACCCACGCCGCAGCCCCUUGGGAAUCCGCCGCACAGUCUCCGAUCUCACAGCCGAGGUCAGUGCUCUCAGGGCCGCCUCUGUCUCUGCUGCUGCCUCUGCCGCUGCUGCUGCUGCGGCGGCGGCUGCUGCGGCUGCAGCUGCUGGUGCAGCUGGUUCAGGCGCUGCCGCUGGUGGUGCCUUUGGUGGGGGUGCGGGUCCGGGGUUUGGUGGUUUCGGCGCGGGCAGUGGCAGCAGCAGUGGCGGCGGAGCAGCAGUGAAUGCGCGGCGCCGUGCCGCAGCGAUCUCAGCGCUGAGAGCAGCAGCUCUGGAAGGGCAGCUCCAGCAGUCGAACCACUCAGGAGUGUACUCCAAACGAGCAAUGGCAGGGCUGGGGGGGUUGGGAGGAGCGGGAGGGGAUGGUGGAGGGAGCUGGGGAGGCGGGGCUGCAGGAGUGGGGUUCGGGGGAAUGGGUGGGAGAGGGGUGGGGAUGCGAGGAGGAGUGGGGGAAGGGCUGGGGGAGGAUAUGCUAUCAGGCACACCUGCGGCCGUGUUUGGGCGGAGCAGCAGUGGGUUAGGCAGCACAGGAGGAGGUGCAAGCACAGGGCUGUCUCCCGUACACGUGAACAUGGGUAUGGGUAUGGGCAUGGGCAUGGGCAUGGGAGUGAAUAGAGCAGCUAGUCCAGGUGCUGUCUCCAUACCUUCCCCAGGCCUAUCGGGUCCUUCUUGGCAGCUUCUCUCUUUUCCUGAGGACUUGGCUACCAGUUCCCGCCCCUCCUCCUCCUCACACACUCUCACCCCACAAUCUGCCUCUCGCACUCCCUCUGCUCUGGCUCCUGGCGUGGCGGAUUUCCUUUGGGGAUCGGGCAGUUUCCGGGGUGUGCUAGAAGGGCCGGGGCUUUUCCACUGGGGUUCUGGCAGUAGUACCAGCAGAGGGGGAUGGACGGCAGGGGGAGAGGGGGGAACGGGCGGAGGAGGAGGAGGAGGCGGGGACGGGAACGGUGCAGGGGAACGGGGCGGGGGAAGCAGCGGGGGGAGAGCGGGGCUGGGGAGUGGAGGCGGGGGGAGCCGAGGCGGCACGGGGGGGAGCGGGGGGAGCAUUGGGCGCUUAGGGAGUGGGGGGGGGCGCAGUAGCGGGAGCGGCAGUGGGGGGUCAACAGGGUCAGGGUACCGAUUUGCAGUGCCGAUACAGCGGGCAGUGGCAGAGACAGAUGACUACGAGGAGGGGCAGGUGUGCCCUCUGUCGCGCUCUAACAGUGCUAAUCUGGAUGUGCUGCUGCAUGGCAUGCACUCAGGACACUCUGUGCCGUCCCCGUGGGAUAGUGCGGACAUGGAUGGGGUUGUGGAUGGGCCAGGCAUGGGUGCUGCUGGUGGGGAUGGUGGGGAGAGUGGGGCUGGUGGGGUGAGUGAGGUGGGUUCAGCAGCAGCGGCAGACGUGGGUGUAGGGGCGGAAGGGGUGGGUGAGGGUGAGGGAGUUGGGGAGGAGAGGAGGGAGGGGGGUUUUGAGGGGCAGAUGGGGGAAGGUGUUGCAGAGGAGGGGAGAGGACUGGGAAUGGCAGGGAGGAUGGGUGGCGAGGGUGGGAGUGACGCAGAGGGUGAAGGGAGGGAGGGCGAGCAGGGAGAUGCAGGGAGACAGGACGUGCAGGUGGGUGGGGGUGGGCGUGGGGGUGCUACUGGUGGUGCUGGUGGCGGAGGAGAAAACGAGGUGCAGGAGGGUGCAGAUACGGAGAUUGAGCCAGUGACUUUCGUUCCACCCAAUGCUUCUGCUGUCGCCUCUGCUGCUCCUGCCUCUCCUGGUGCUCCGGGUGCAGUUGCAGCUGCUGCUAGCAAAGCUGACAGUAACCUGGGUAAGCUGGUAGGUGAGGGAGGAGGUGGAGGAGGAGGAGGAGUUGGAGGAGGGGUUGAUAUACGAGAGGAGGAACGUGCAGCAGCAAGCACAGGUGCAGGACCAGACGGCGAGAGCCCAAACCAUCCAUCUGCCGAGCCUGGGGAAGGAGCAAGGGCGCGCGGAGGAAGCCCGCCAUCGCACCAGCGCCCGCUGUCUCCUCUCAGGCACCACCAGCACCGCCUGCAGCCAUCACUGCUGGGUCGCCGCCCUGCCUCCCCCCACACCGCGCCCGCUGCUGUCGGCGGCAUCGCCUCCUCUGCUGGCCCACAGCCUCAGCUGUCCACCGCACUGGCUUCUCCUGCUUCUCCUUCCGCUGCAUUCUCUGCUGCUCCUUUGGACGAUUUUCCUGCACUGGUGGUGGUGCCUCAACGCGGGGGCGCAACAGCAGGCAUGAGCGAACCCACCCCCUCCUCACCACCCACUGCAUCACUCUCAACAGCAUCUGCGGCAGCGCCAACAGCAGCAGCAGCAGCAGCAGCAGCAGCAGCAGCAGAGGCGGCAGCGCCAGCAGACAUGGGGCUGAGUCUCGGGGGAGACAUUGUCAAGGAUGCCCGCGUCGCUGCACGCAUUCUGGAGCAGCAGCAGCAGCAGCAGCAGCAGCAGCAAGGGGGAACGAGGUACGUAGAAGCCGAGAGACUGGCUGCUGCUGGAGCUUAUAACGCAGUAGCCAGUAUGGGAUACGCGCCUGCUGUGGGCAGCAACGUGGGCGUGGGUGGCAGUCCAAGCACAGGUGCAGGUGCAAGGACAGGGAAUGCUCACGCAGGCAUGAUGAGGACGCCCUCUGCUUCCUCUGCCACUCCCAGCAGCGACAGUACCGGGAGCAGUGUGAGGGGCCCCGGGGGCGUGGCAGGCAUAGUGGCGCGCACAAGAAUCGGCGGCAGUGGCAGGAGAAGCAAUGCUGCUGCUGCUGCUGGUGUCGGCAGUGCGGGAGGGACUGGAGGGGGUGUAUCGCCGUUUGGGUCCUCCCCAGCAACGGAAGGUGCUAGCGAUGCAGACACCAUGGCAGACCAAGAGGAUGCGGAUGUUCUGCUCACCGCACGGAGAACGGUGACGUCACUCGGGGUGUCGUCCCCGCCACCCGCUCCGCUCGCGUCGUCGUCACUCGACCGGCACAGGCGGCGGCAGCGGGCCGUGCUGGACUGGGGGAGCAGCGUCGCGGGAGCGGCGGCGAGUAGCAACAUGUCGCGGCCAAUGGCGCUGGGGCUCGUGCUGCUCGUGCUCUUCCUCACGUCGCAGUCCGAAUGGCGGUCGUCGCGCUCCCACAUGGACGCCGCCGCGUCCGCCGCGUCGAAGCAGAUGCGCGUGGAGAAGCACCGGGAUGGCGUCAAGGAGAAGAUCAUCAUGGAUCUAAUGGCGGAGAACAAGCGUCUGGAGGCGGAAAGGGAGCGGCUUCGGCGCGUGGUGGAGGAGAUGCAACGGCGCCUGGUGGCGUGCUGCCAUGCCAACCCGCACCUCGACACCUUCGAGCCCUCCACUCUCAGGCCCUCCUCUCGCCUCUCCCCGCAGACCCUGGAUGACCGCUUCCUCUCCUCCUCCUCCUCUUCUUCCUCCUCUUCCUCCUCCUCUUCCUCCUCCUCCUUCCCCUCCGCAUCCACCUCCUACUCCUCUGCCUCCUCGUCUGCUUCGUCCUCAUCUUCUUCUGCUUCCUCCUCCUCCUCCGCCUCGUCCUCUUCCGCCGCCCUCCCCUCAAUCACCAGCGGAUCCUCCCACGCCGUGAUGUUUGGGCAGCCAAAUACUGAUUCCCCAGGCAUGCAGCGACAGGCUGGCGCGCAGAGCGACGGCGGGCGGGAGUAUAAGCGGCAGCAGCUGCUCACUCGCAGGCACGUCGAGGAGGCGUUAGCGGGAGGCGGUGGCUUCGACGCUGAUCCGCAGGAGCAGGAGCAACAGCAGGAGGAGGAGGAGGAGGAGCAGCAGCAGCAGCAGCAGCAGCAACAGCAGCAGUUGACGCAGCAGCUGCAGUCGCAGGUUCAGCAGCAGCAGUUACAGCAACAAGUGCAGUCUCAGCAGGCUCAGCAGCAGCAGGCGGAUGGAGGCAUGAUACAGGGAGGAGCAGCUGUGAUCGGGCAUAUGACUCGCUUCCGAGGGUUCCGAGAGCACCAGCAGCGACAACAGCUGCGACGGGAGCAGCAGCUGCAGCCGCAGACGCAGCAGCAGCACCUGUUGUUUCCACUGAUUGUGCAGGAGGAGAAGGUCGGGAAGCAGGUUCAACGGCAUACCUUUGAUCAACGUCAGCAGCAGCAGUUGGCUGUGCCACAGGGGCAAGGAGAGUUCGAAUCUCAGGAGCUUGAGGAGCAGCAGAGCUCAUAUGCGGGUAGGAGCAGUUUGAGCAGCAGCUCUGGCAGCAGCAUGGCUAGCAGCAUUGCAAGCAGUGGGGAGGGCAGUGCACGGAGCAGUGUGCAUGUGAUGCAGGAGAAUGGUGUGGGUGCUGAUGUGCUUGCAGGUAUGGGUGCAGUGCGGUUUGAAGAGGAAUCCAGUGGUAGUCAAGGGGGCUCAGAGAGGAGGCGAACAGGGGAAGAGGAGGGGGUGUUUGUUGGAACGAGUGGCAGAGGAGAGGAAGAGGACAGGGCAAAGACAUGGCUGUGA